UCAAUUACUCCACUGUACAACUUACUUAAAGAUAUAUAUAGUUAUAUACACCAUUCACAUUUUUUAUAAUCAUCGAUCUCCUUCCUUCGCCGGCGAAAACGCCCAACACUUUUUGUAGACAUCGGCAGAUAUUUCUGUACAAAAUUUCAGGGAUUUAGAACCGCAUUCGUCAUUGUUCUAUAUAUAUACAUGUUUUAUUGACGUUCGGAUCUGCGAGUUAGGGUUUAUAAUUGGAUACAACGAUGACCUAGUUUAUAUUUAUUCAAAUUUCAAGACAUUUGGGUUUUUCUACAGAAUGCAGAGCUCAACGAGCUCGAUGGCCCAACCCGAGGCCAUACUGGAUUGGCUACAGAAGGAGAUGGGGUAUCGCCCGUUAGGUCCGUACGUUGCGUCCAACAAGGCUUCGAUGCCGUCCACGGACUCACUUCGCAGGAUUUGUCGUGGAAACAUGAUCCCGGUGUGGAACUUCUUGUUGCAGAGAGUGAGAUCGGAGAAGACGGUGGACAAUAUCCGGCGGAACAUACUCGUUCACGGCGGUGAUGAGGGUGGCAGCGGCAAUGUUGAUCCUGUGAAAGACGGUGAGAUGGGAAGGAUUAGAGGAAGGAGGAAGGAAAAACGGGGGGUGGGAGGGGAGAGUUCCAGUUCAAAUUCAAUGGAGAGUAGUAGAGAGAUUGGUUUACAAGAAAGAAAUUUGGCAGAGAAGGAGGUGGAGAAGUUGAGGCAUAUAGUGAGGAGGCAACGGAAGGAAUUGAAGGCCCGCAUGUUGGAGGUUUCACGGGAGGAGGCAGAGCGUAAGCGGAUGCUGGAUGAGAGAUCAAAUUACAGGCACAAACAGGUGAUGUUGGAGGCUUACGAUCAACAGUGUGAUGAAGCAGCAAAAAUAUUUGCAGAGUAUCAUAAGCGUCUUCAUUACUAUGUUAAUCAAGCAAGGGAUGCUCAGAGGUCAAGUGUUGACUCUUCUAUUGAAGUAGCUAACAGUUUUGGUGCAAACAGUGAGAAAGAGGCUGUUUAUUCAACCGUUAAAGGCACUAAAUCUGCAGAUGAUUUCAUUCUUAUAGAAACAACUAGAGAAAGAAAUAUCCGCAAGGCAUGUGAAUCUCUUGCAGGACAUAUGAUUGAAAAGAUCCGCAACUCGUUCCCGGCUUACGAAGGAAGUGGAAUCCAUUUGAAUUCUCAGUUAGAAGCCGCAAAAUUGGGUUUUGAUUAUGAUGGAGACAUAGCUGAUGAGGUUAGAGAUGUAAUUGUCAACUGCCUGAAGAGUCCUCCUCAGUUGCUUCUCGCAAUCACUGCCUACACUCAUCGGUUAAAAACUCUGAUUGCUAGAGAAAUAGAAAAAAUUGAUGUUAGAGCUGAUGCUGAAACCUUAAGGUACAAGUAUGAGAAUGACAGAGUGAUGGAUGCUUCUCCUGACGCGAGCUCACCAUUGCAGUAUCAGCUUUAUGGCGGUGGAAAGAUUGGAAAUGAUGUACCUUCAAGGGGAUCUCAAAAUCAACUUCUUGAAAGACAGAAAGCACAUGUUGAACAAUUUGUGGCUACUGAAGAUGCACUCAACAAAGCUUCAGAAGCUAGAAAUAUGUGUCAAAAGCUUAUAAAACGGCUGCAUGGAGGUGGCGAUGUAGCUUCUUCACACUCACUUGUUGGAGGCGCAUCACAGAAUAUGAGUAGUAUCAGGCAGCUUGAGUUGGAGGUUUGGGCCAAGGAAAGAGAAGCUACUGGCCUGCGGGCUAGCUUGAAUACAUUGAUGUCUGAAGUACAACGGUUGAAUAAGUUAUGUGCAGAAAGGAAGGAAGCUGAGGAUUCUUUGAGAAAGAAGUGGAAAAAGAUUGAAGAGUUUGACGCUCGCAGAUCUGAACUCGAAUCAAUAUAUACUGCUUUACUUAGGGCUAACAUGGAUGCUGCUACAUUCUGGAAUCAACAGCCAUUAUCUGCAAGGGAAUAUGCAUCAAGCACCAUAAUUCCAGCAUGCACAGUUGUUGUGGACAUAUCAAAUAAUGCAAAAGAUCUUAAUGAUGAAGAAGUGUCAGCCUUCUACCGAAGUCCUGACAAUAGCCUCUACAUGCUUCCGUCAACCCCACAGGCUCUCUUGGAGUCCAUGGGUGCUAACGGAUCUACAGGACCUGAAUCGGUUGCUGCUGCAGAAAAAAGUGCUGCUCUGUUGACUGCAAGAGCUGGUGCCAGAGACCCAUCCGCUAUUCCUUCCAUAUGCCGCAUUUCUGCUGCCCUUCAAUAUCCUGCUGGUUUGGAAGGUUCAGAUGCUGGUUUAGCGUCAGUGUUAGAGUCCCUUGAAUUUUGUUUGAAGCUUCGUGGUUCUGAGGCUUGUGUGUUGGAGGAUUUGGCAAAGGCAAUUGGUUUGGUCCAUAUAAGAAGGGAUCUUGUUGAAAGUGGUCAUGUAUUGUUAAAUCAUGCUUACCGUGCACAACACGAAUAUGAAAGGACAACAAAUUACUGUCUGAGCUUAGCUGCUGAGCAAGAGAAAACUGUCAUAGAGAAAUGGUUACCUGAACUUAAGAGUGCUGUUCUGAAUGCUCAAAAAUGCCUGGAAGAUUGCAAAUAUGUCAGGGGUUUGCUUGAUGAAUGGUGGGAACAGCCUGCAUCAACUGUUGUUGACUGGGUUGCAGUUGAUGGGCAAAAUGUGGCUGCUUGGCAUAAUCAUGUGAAGCAACUUCUCACAUUUUAUGACAAGGAACUCCUGUGAAUUUGACCUUUGGGCAUUCAGAGCAAUAGGAUGUAUAUGCCCAAUCUCCAUCGCUUGCCUCCAUUUGUUUCUUCACUUUAUUGCAGUUUUGGAUGCCACAUGAGUAUCCGUUGAUAAAGUGUUUAUGCCCUAGUAAACUUGGGGGCACUGGGUCAUCUGUUGUCAAUAUGGUUGCAGUGUUGUUAUAGGAAAAUAGAGUGGGAAAAGGGUUAUUCACGGCCAAAGUGCAGCAAUACCAUUCUUUCUGUUCUCUUCAACUUUGUGUAGAUAGUUUUUUCUUUGGAGGGUCUUUAUUGUAAUAGGCCAUUUAUUCUGGGGUGGAAUUCCUCUGCAUUAUUUUUGUGAGAGUUGAUCAAUGCCAUUAAAGGGUCUUGUAAUUUAACUGAAGAAUUUGUUUGAUUCUUUCCUGUGCAAAUUUUCUAACUGAAAGCUGAUUCCUGUUCACCAUCUUUUUAACAA